AUGGCUCGUUACUUCCUGACCCUGGCCUCUCUGGCUGCCUUUGCUGCUGCAAGUUACAACUUCGAGCCAGAGCAUGUUCAAGUAAUUGAAGAUCCUAGCCUUCCUGUGCAAUACUCCUUGCAAGACUCUCAGCUCAUCUCUCCGUUAUCGACCGCACUCAACUCGUACUGGUACGCAACUUUUUUGACAAGCACGGAUGACAAGCAAUACGCGGUUCUCUCGCAAACCAUUGCAGCCGCAAAUGGCCUGGCGGUAUUGCGCACGUCGGUACUGGACCUCAAAAACACCGAAAACUACUGGCAGCAGAUCCUAAGUGAUCCCUACCACGACAACUCCACUUUGCAUAAUGGACGCCUCCACAUUGAUGCCUCGACGCACGGCAUUGUGGGUCUAUCCAACGACAGUAUUUCGACAAUGGGCAUUUGGGCCUCGGCAAAUGACUUUGCUUACAACUUCACCAUCAAAGCCACUUCUCCAGUCCUGUUGAAUGGUGGAGCGGGUGUAUUUUCUUGGGCUGAUGGGGAAACAAGGCAAUGGUCGUUACCCAGCUGUGAAACCAGCGGCGAAUUGACAAUUGGCAAUCACACUCUGGAAGUCAACACGACCAACUCAAUCACCUGCAUGUGGUACACCGACAACACAGGUCUGUACGAGCAGCACCUCAAAUUCAUUACCGUGCGCAAACACUCUGGCGUUGAGAUCGUCGGCUACAAUAUCACCGAAGAAGGCGCAACUUGGACCUCUCCACGCAGCAAUCUCACCUAUCCCCUGGCAUGGUCAAUCUGGUUCGACAACGGCGAUUUCCUACGUGUUGAAAGCGUCAGAGAUGACCAAGAAAUUUAUGCACCCGGUCAAUUGACAGCCAUCUCUGCAUUCGCUUCGGUCAAGGGAAGAUUCUUCGGUCAAGAAAUGGGUUACGCUUUGGUAGACAAUGUACCCGGUAAGGGGGCAACUUAG